AUGGCUGCGGAGAUGGAGCCCUCAGAUGUGAUCCGCCUGAUAAUGCAGUACCUCAAGGAGAACAACCUCUAUCGAACGCUGAACACCUUACAGGAGGAAACCACCGUCUCGCUCAACACAGUGGAAAGCAUCGACAGCUUCAUUGCAGAUAUAAAGAGCGGACACUGGGACUCGGUCCUGCUGGCGAUCGAGUCCCUCAAGUUGCCCGACAACACUCUCAUUGACCUUUACGAGCAGGUUGUGAUGGAGCUCAUUGAAAUGAGGGAGGUGGGGGCAGCUCGCUCCCUCCUCAGACAAACCGACCCGAUGAUCAUGUUGAAGCAGACACAGCCGGAGAGGUACAUCCAUUUGGAGAACCUGCUGACGUGCUCCUACUUUGACCCUCGUGAGGCGUACCCGAAAGGCAGCAGCAAGGAGAAGCGGCGCAGGGGAAUAGCCGAAGCGUUGGUGAGGGAGGUCAGCGUGGUGCCCCCAUCUCGCCUCAUGGGGCUCCUGGAACAAGUUGGCUCUAUGAGAAUACAGCAGUAUCCAGGUCAUCUGUCCCCCGACAUGACCAUAGACACACCUGCCAACAAGGAGAGACAGGUGGAGAAGGAGAGCUUUCCUACACAGCUGUACCGCCACAUCAAGUUUGGGCGGCGGUCACAUGUGGAGUGUGCCCGUUUCUCUCCUGAUGGAAAGUAUUUAAUCACAGGAUCAGUGGACGGGUUCAUCGAGGUCUGGAACUUCAAUACUGGAAAAAUUAGUAAGGAGUUAAAGUACCAGGCCCAAGACAGCUUCAUGAUGAUGGAUGAUGCUGUGCUGUGUAUGUGCUUCAGUCAGGAUACAGAUCUGCUGGCAACUGGAGCUCAGAAUGGCAAAAUAAAGGUGUGGAAGAUCCAGAGCGGCUUGUGCCUCCGCAGGUUUGAGCACGCACACAACAAAGGUGUGACCUGUCUGAAUUUCUCCAAGGACAACAACCAGAUCCUCAGUGCCUCAUUUAACCAGACCAUCAGAAUCCAUGAACUGAGAUCAGGCAAGACACUAAAGGAGUUAAAUGGCCAUUCAUCGUUUGUAAAUGACGCAUUUUUCACUCAAGAUGGAUUGCACAUCAUCAGCGCCUCGUCUGAUGGCACAGUUAAGAUUUGGAAUACAAAGUGCUAUGAAUGCAUCCACACUUUGAAAUCUCUGUCGGGGCCGUCAGACGUCCCCGUCAACAACGUGAUUCCUCUCCCCCAAAACCCAGAACAUUUUGUGAUUUGUAACCACUCCAACACAGCGGUCAUCAUGAACAUCCACGGGCAGACUGUGAAGACCUUCAGCUCAGACAGAAAGGAAAGGGCCGACUUUGUGUGCUGCACCCUGUCGCCCCGCGGGGAGUGGAUUUACUGUGUGGGAGAGGACUUAGUGCUCUACUGCUUCAACUAUAUGACAGGAAAGCUGCAGAAAACGCUGACCGUUCAUGAGAAAGAUGUAAUUGGCAUCGCUCACCACCCACACGAGAAUCUGAUUGCCACAUACAGCGAGGAUGGCCUCCUGAGGUUAUGGAAACCUUAAACUGUCUCCUGUAUUGUAAUAAGGAGGACUCAGAGAGCCUUACACAUGGUUAUAAAGCAAUUUUUUUUUUCAUUUCUAUCCAACAAAAAAGAUGGAUGAAUUAAACUAAUGGAUGGAAUAAUCCAACAGUUGUUAUUGACCAAAAGGUUGUGAUCUCCAUCAGUAGAUACAUUUCCCAGUUGUCAUAGAAUUAUUAAUAGACCAUUUUAAGGACUUCUUGUCAGUGCUCACACAAAAAUAAGGAGGUUCCAAAUUAAUUUUUCGACCUCGGAAACAAAUCGGCAAACCAUAAAAGCUUGAAACUGUUUCCUGAACUGCUGUUUCACCUUGUUCCAUGGAACAUUAGCAAUUAAUUGGUAAUUAAUUGUUGUGAUUUCAAAAGGACAACAAGUUCCGGUGACCGCCAAUGAGAAUGUUUGUUACAUCCCAUGGUGGCUUAGAAGGAUUUAGCUGCAUAGUGGGAAGGUGGAAACAUAAUGAAGUUGGGAAAUAGAAAAAGUAAACAGGUUGGUUAAACAGCUC